GAAAGUAUCAACAUCAGUCUAGAUCAAAGAAGCCGGAUCUUCCAAAACCUAAAUGGAGCAUUAGAUGAGGUAGUUAUGAAGUUUGAAAACUCACGAGUGAGAGCAAGAAACUUGUUAUAUGACACUCUGCCUGUGGUGAUUCAUGGAAAUGGACCCACCAAGCUGCAGUUGAACUACCUGGGAAACUAUAUUCCUCAAAUAUGGACAUUUGAGACUGGCUGCACUGUGUGUGAUGAGGGUCUGCGAAGCCUCACGGGGUUUAAGGAUGAGGCAUUGCCAUUGAUUCUGAUUGGCAUUUUCAUCGAGCAGCCCACCCCAUUCCUCUCCCAGUUUUUCUUGCGGCUUCGUAACCUUCAUUACCCAAAGCAACGAAUUCAGCUCUUCAUUCAUAACCAUGAGCAACAUCACUUGAUGCAGGUGGACUCUUUUGUUAAAGAGCAUGGCAAAGAAUAUCUCGCCAUCAAAGUGAUUGGACCAGAUGAUGAGGUGGAGAAUGCUGAGGCACGUAACUUGGGCAUGGAUUUAUGCAGAAAGGACCCUGACUGUGAGUAUUACUUUAGCCUGGAUGCUGAGAUAGUUCUGAAGAACACAGAGACUCUAAGGAUCCUGAUUGAACAGAACAAGCUGGUGAUUGCCCCGCUGGUAAGCCGUCAUGAGAAGUUGUGGUCAAAUUUCUGGGGAGCGCUGAGCCCUGAUGGAUACUAUGCCCGCUCAGAAGAUUAUGUGGAUAUUGUUCAAAGGCGGAGGGUCGGGCUUUGGAAUGUUCCCUACAUCAGCAGCGUUUACAUGGUUAAAGCCAAGGCUCUGCGAUCGGAGCUUCACCAAGGAGAUCUCUUCCACAGUGGCAAGCUGGAUGCUGACAUGGCUUUCUGCCAUAACAUUCGGAAUCAGGGAGUCUUUAUGUACCUGACAAAUCGGCAUCAGUUUGGACACAUACUGUCCCUGGAGAAUUAUCAGACAACUCACCUCCACAAUGACCUCUGGCAAAUAUUCAGCAAUCCUGAGGACUGGAGAGAAAAAUACAUCCAUGAAAACUACACAGCAGCACUGAAAGGGAAAUUGGUAGAAAUGCCCUGCCCAGAUGUUUACUGGUUCCCCAUAUUCACUGACACUGCCUGUGAUGAGCUGGUGGAAGAAAUGGAACAUUAUGGCCAGUGGUCCACGGGUGACAACACGGACAGCAGAAUACAAGGAGGUUAUGAGAAUGUCCCAACUAUAGACAUACACAUGAACCAAAUUGGCUUUGAAAGAGAAUGGUAUAAGUUUCUUCUGGACUAUAUUGCACCCAUCACAGAGAAACUGUACCCAGGAUACUACACCAAGACUCAGUUUGAGCUAGCCUUUGUAGUUCGCUACAAACCUGAUGAGCAGCCCUCUUUAAUGCCCCAUCAUGAUGCUUCCACCUUUACCAUUAACAUUGCUCUGAACCGAGUUGGAAUAGACUAUGAGGGAGGAGGCUGCCGGUUCCUGCGCUACAAUUGCUCCAUUCGAGCUCCACGGAAAGGGUGGACCCUUAUGCAUCCAGGACGCCUGACCCACUAUCAUGAAGGUCUUCCAACCACCAAAGGAACCCGUUAUAUCGCAGUGUCCUUUCUUGACCCCUAGAGCCAUGCUUCACAGGAAGAACCUUUCCCUGGCCCUGCUCACUGCUGACUUUGAGUGGAAACAGGGAAUGCUGCUGAGAGUUUCUAAGGCAUUGAUCAAAGCUAUUUGGAUAUUGAUUUUUAACACUAUUUUAAGACUCCACUACUGGAAGAUCUCCCUCUCUGAUACUGCAGGUAAUAUCUAGGAAUAUUGCUGUAGAAAUUGGAAGGAGAUUUUGUGCCUUCAAUUUUGAUUCUGCUCUUCAUCCACUGUUUCUUGGAAAUGUGAUUUACUUGAACCUUCACUGAGUGGUUGGCUCUACAAAAAUGCUUUCUUGGACUGAAAAUCCAGCUUUUUGGAGGCAAGUCACAAGCUCUCUCUCCAAGUAGCUGAAAGCCCAUUUUCAUCCACAGCAUAUACGGGACUGGACAUUAGACAAUAUUUCCUGGAUACUAUUCCAAAUACGAACCAAUCAGGGAGCUAACUCCAGGAGUCAUAACAGUUAAAUGUUAUACUAGAUGAAACUCAGUACUAAGAGCCUGAAGAUCAUCUGAUUUCUUACCUCUCUGCAGUCCUUGGAAGCAUAUCACAAAGGUCAAAGCAGCAGCGGUGGCAAUAUAGGUGCUUCAGGUUAGCUAAAGGAAGGACGGCUAAUGAUACUUUACC